UCAUGCAUGGCUAUCAUCGUAAAUUCAUUGUUUCAAACUCAAUGCUACCGUUACUCUUCACGAAACAACUCUGCUGAUGAAACGAAAUCAUUCAAAGUUGCCGCUCUUUUCAGAAAUCAGCAUGUUUUCUUUUCACGUCCAAUCUAUUUUUCUACAUAAAAGACGGAAAUCAGAAGACAUGAUUAAAGGAUCGUUUAAAAAUUGAUUUGGUGAAUUUUCUCUCAUGCUGCACUAUUGAGGUUUGGGAAUGUCUGCGGUAAAAAAUGCACUAAAAGAGGCCAAGGACCUAAUUGGUCAAAAAGACUACAAAGGUGCUCUGAAAUGUUGCAAAAGGGCCCUAAAUGUCGACAAGGACAACUAUUUCGCCUGGGUCUUUGUUGGGCUGUGCCAAUCGGAAUUGAAUGAGAGAGACUUGGCCAAAAAGGCGUAUGAAAAAGCCAUUGCCAAGGAUGCCAAACAAUUGACAGCUUGGCAAGGUUUAGUCACGUUCUACGAGAAGUCACCCAACGAGUUCCUCAAGGACAAAGUUGUUGCCUUGGAUAGUCUGUCUCAUCUCUAUUUGGAGGCUGACGAUCGUGUCAAAUACUAUGACUUCUCCACCAAACAUUGGCAAGCGUGUCUGGCCAAUCAAGAUUUGGACUCUGCGAUCAAAGUGCUCCAAGAACAGAUUCAAAAUCUCCAACAAUCCCAAUCCAACAAGCUCAAGGAGGCCAAGAGUAAUCUGAUCAAGUUACUCAAUCAACAGGCUGAUCUGAAUGAAGAGCAAACAAAGAUCUUGGCGGGCCUCUUGAAUGACACCAUCACUGAAUCAGAUACCAUUCAGAAUAUGGAGUCCAUGAAGAACUACAUCAAGCUCUUGUACAAGAUAAGAGACAUGGAGGAGCUUUUAUCGGUUGCACUAAGAAUGCAAGUCAUCUUCCCGAGGUACAACUACCCGUAUGAAUGGAUUUGCAAAGUCUACCUUGAAUGGGUCACCGGGACCCUAGAGUUUACCAACGCGGACUUGGAACAAGUCCAGGUGUACAUUGACAAACUCUUGGAGCUGAACGAGUCCUCUUCUUUGGGAAUAUUGAGCUUGGGAGCUUUGAAGUGGCGUGAAAAGGAUUACAAAGAGUGUGUCAAGGUGCUGACACCUGUGCUCGAAGAUAAACCCAAUCCCAAUUUCUACGGCUCUUACAUCUUGUGCGAUGCCAUGAUCAAGAUCAAGUUAUUUGCCAAUGCGCAAAGGCAAGUUGAAAUCACCCUCAACAACUUAACCAAGGUCAAAGAAGAAUCCACAAGAUUGAUGAUGGAACUCAGAUUGAAGAAGAUCCAAAUCCAAGCCCUAUAUCACCAAUCCUCCCAUGAUAAGAUGAUUCAAGCCAAGGAUAUCAUUAACCACAUGACCAACCUGGAUGCAGAACUCCAAGUUCAACGGCUGAAAAUUGGAGCCUUUCUUGGCGAAGAUAUCACGGCACAACUUGAAGAUCCGAGCUUGGAUCUGCCUUCACAAGACAGAUUGCUUCUCCAGGCAAUGGCUAGCAAGUCCUUAGGGAACUGCGAAAAGGCCCAAGACCUGUUGAAGAGUUUGCCCCAUUUGGAGGAUGAUUCCGAAGCGUUGAUGCUCUUGGGACAAAUUGAAUUCGAAAACGGUCAAGGUAGCCAAAGUUUGGCGCGCUUUUUGAAGGCGGCAAAAUUGAAUCCAACCAAUGCGGUGCCCUUUUUGUACCUUGGACACCAUUAUCGCAAACAAGGUGACCUGGAUAAAGCCAGGAAAUGCUAUCAAAAGAGUUUCCAAUUGAACACCUACUCCGAGGAAGCUGGUGCUGCACUUAGUGAUAUCUACCGAGAGCAAGGAUUGGAUGAGAGUAACCUUGAAUUUCUCACCUCCGUCACCAAAGGCUCAACUCCCAGUAGGAAUCAGUGGGCAUUUUUGAGGCUCGGAAUACUCUUUCUAUCCCUCGAUGAUCCCACCAACGCCAUUUUAAACCUCCAAUCGACCAUUCGCCACGAUCCCACCAACGCCAAUGCCUGGGAAGGUCUGGCAGAUGCUUACAAAGCCAGAGGAUCUUACACGGCAGCCCUAAAAUCAUAUGACAAAGUGCUAAAGCUAAUCCCUUCCUCUGUAUACGCUCGCUGGCAGAUUGGCACCAUCAAGCACACUGUAGGGGAAUAUGAGGCUGCCAUUGAGUCGUUCCGAGCGAUCCUAGCCACUCAUCCCGACUAUGUCCCGGCCUUAAAAGGCCUAGGUGACUCGCUCUUGGCCCAAGCCAAGGAUUAUUUACUCGAAGGGAUUAACCGGUCUGUGGUGACACAUUGUCAGGAAUCCCUGGUUCACAUCACAAAGGCUGCCAAGCAUCGGCCUGAUAUAUCCUGUCUCUGGAAACUCCUAGGAGAGGCCUGUACCCUUAUCCGCGGUCUGCCAGCAGAUAUUGUCCAAAUUUCAAUUCCGUCCAAUUUGGCCGGGUCUGGCCCCAAUAAAUUGGAGAAAACCGGAGUGCUAGCUCUUGGCGCCAAAUGUUUUCUCAGGGCUCUGCAGAUCAACGGAGAGGAUCCGAGUGUUUGGCAUGAUUUGGCCGUCAAUUAUGAUGCUCAGGCCACGGAGAUGGAGGGCCAAGGGGUUCCUGAUGUCCGACAGAAGGCGAUGAUUUCGAUUAGGAGAGCCAUCACUCUCGAGCCAAGUGGUCAUUCCCAUUGGAACGUGUGUGGUGUACUGGCUUUGAGAGAUGAGAAUUAUGCCUUGGCCCAACAUGCAUUCAUCAGAUCCAUCGAGGCGGAAAAUAACGCGAUGGCUUGGACCAAUCUUGGGAUUCUCUAUUUGAUGAAAGGGGAACACGAACUCGCCAACAAAUCGUUCCAAGAAGCUCAGAACCACGAUCCAAGUUAUCUUCGAGGCUGGGUUGGACAAGCAUUGUUGGCGGAGACCACGGGUUAUGAUUCAGAGGCCAUGGACUUAUUCAGGCACGCCUGUUUUCUGGGAAAUGAGCCAGAGGCGAGCAUUGGUUAUGCUAAUUGGGUCUGCAAGACCUUGAAGUCGUUCAAAGACACGACAAGCCCCACUCAUGCUCAAAGCAUUUUCUGCAUCAAGAACAUGUUUGGCGUCACUGUGGCCUCCGAUUGUCUCACCAGAUACAACGAGGCCAUUCGAAAGGACCCGUGUGCUCUGAACAUGCUUGGAAUACUCCUGGAAUGUGGACGACUUUACAAAUCCGCUCGAAUUCACUUGGAACAAGCUCUGGCAAUGGCCCAGGAACAGGGCAACCCGGAAUGGGUGGAGAAAAUCCACACAAACUUGGCCCGAGUUUGCUUCAAAAGCAAGGACUUCCUGGGCGCCAUCGCAUUUUACUCUCAACUCCCAUCUUCGUUCUUUGCCUUGUGCGGUAUGGCCAUUGCUCAGUAUAAAGUGGGUCAUUUCCAGGAGAGCUAUGGAAACUAUCAGUCGGCUCUCAAUUUGGCAGUCAAUAGUGGAGAAAAAAGCCACGUCCUGGCGGCCAUGGCCUCGAUUGCAUACCAAUUUCAAGGUGGUGAGGGAGCCAAGACCCUCUUGUUUCAAUCGUGCCAACUUCAGCCUCCGUCUGUGCCAGGACUCUUUGCUCUUUGCGUCCUCGGGAUCAAGCAGAAGAAUGUCCAACUCAUUCAAUCAGCUAUCGAGGCCACUCAACCCUAUGAGGACGAGCCUCAGUAUGUUGCGGAUAUUGUGGGCCUUCGAGCUAUUGUGUCUAUGUUGUUACGCGACGACAACGGGGUUGAGGCCAGAAUGAUAAUCGCCCGACAAGUCCAUCGUUUCCCACAUCUGGCCGGCCUUUGGCUCACGUUGGCCGUUCAUCUGAUCCAUUCCUCCACGAUUUAUGCAUCUGCAGCCAAAUGCGCAGAGAAAUGUGCAGGACUGUCUACCUUAGACAUGAGGUCUCAGAGCUCAGCCGCAACUUCCUCCAAUUUGGUCACCUUGGCUUUGAUGUUGGAUCAAAGGGCAGCAGCGCCACCGUCAGAAGAGCCGGGAAAUUUGAAAAAGGAAAAGGUCCGAAAAGCAGCAAUGCGCGCGGUUCAUCUCUUUCCAAAUGACAUUGGAGCCUGGAGCCUUCUGUGGCUGACACAAGGGAGUAAAGAUAAGAAUUUGGGAACGUUUUUGGCUGCCAAAGCCUCCUCUCGAGAGCAAGAGGAUGACAGUUUAACGCCGACCUUGAGAAAUUGGUUGGGGAAACUUAACCCAAUUCUUGGAUGAACUGACCCACCACUGAUAAAAAGAGAGCCUGUUUGGAUCCAACUUCAUGGAGGAGAAGGUGGACCAUAAUGUUUUGGCACAUUGCGUGCCACAUGUUUAUGAACUGACAAGGAUAAAACAACAAGAUGUGCCUUAUACCUCUUUUUUGGGUGCGCAAGAAGACCUUCAACUGAAAAUAAACACCCACGUCAUCUUCCUCAUUCCUAAA